AUGUAGCCACUAAAAAAUCCAUUUGGUAUUAUAGAUCCAAAUGAGAAGCCAAAGUAAUACUAGAAUAAUCCCUUUGACAUAUGUAUGAUAUUUGUUGAUAUUUAAAGAAAAUGAUGAAUUAAAUGAAACCAUUAAAUUAGGUGACAACGUGGCAAAUCAAGAAGAGAAACAUUUAUUGUUUGACUCAUAGAAAUAAUAGCCUCAAGAUACUGCUGAAGACUUACCAUUAUUAGAAGGUAUUUCAAUAGAUCCAGUAUUUAAUUAGACCUUGAUAUUACAUCGCCAUUACUAAUUAAAUCUAGAAUAAUGAAUGUUCUCUUAUUCUAAAAAUCUGAUAGUGAGUAUUUGGAAGAUCCUGAUCUAUCAGGUCCUAUUCUGAUAGUAAUAUCUUUGGGCUUAUUACAAUUAUUAGUAAAUAGUUAUUUAAUUCAUAAGACAGGAAAAUUGCAUUUCAAUUAUAUUUAUGGGAUUGGAUUAUGGGGUUGGUUAUUACUCUAUUUAUUAAUGAAUUUUAUGAUUUAACAACAAGGUAAGUAGAUAGAGUUCUAUAAAAUAUUGAGUUAUUUGGGUUAUGGAUUGGCACCAAUAGUUGUGUUAUCAUUACUCAGUAUAUUUUUGUAAUUAAAGUACUUAAAGAUCAUUAAUUAAUUAUAGUUCAUCAUUUGGAUAUGCAUUAGCUAUAGUAUGUGCAGUUUGGUCUACUGCUAGUGUUUCAAAGACUUUUGAUACUGUAAAAUUAGAAUAAUAAUUUUUAGAUUUUAGGAUUAUAACAUAGAAGAUUGUUAAUAGCAUAUCCCUUAUUUUUAUUCUAUUGUACAUUUGUAAUUAUAACAAUAUUUUGAUU